CGCGUGUUCCAGCCCUGUUUUUUUUUUCGGUAGGUGGCGGCUGGCCCCGCCCGCCGCUGCACCGCCAACCGAUUUAGCCGCCCUCGGCUGCCGCGUUUGCUCAGUGUUUGCGAAGCAGUGGUCGCUAUCCGUUCGCUCUCGUGAAACUUACCGUUAUUUGCCAUGGCAUCUUCAUCAAUGUCCGCUUUGCUUGCUACCAAAGCUCUUACCGACCGUGUGGCGGUUAUUUCCGCCUCUACUAAGGGUAUCGGCUUCGCAAUUGCCAAACGUCUCGGAGCCGAUGGCGCCUCUGUGGUUGUUAGCAGCAGAAAACCAAGUAAUGUAGAGGAAGCAGUUCGAGCUUUACGAGUGGAAGGCAUUGAAGCUACUGGAAUUGCUGCUCAUGUUGGAAUAAAAGAAGAUCGCAAGAAGCUGAUAAACUUUGCCAUAGAUCAAUUUGGUAAACUUGACAUCCUGGUGUCAAAUGCAGCAGCAAAUCCACACUUUGGUGAUCUCAUGAGCAUAUCCGAUUCCCAAUGGGAUAAACUUCUCACAAUCAAUGUACGAUCAGCUCUCCAGCUGACCCAAGAAGCUCUCCCUCACCUCGAAGCUAGCGGCCACGGCAAUGUUGUUUUCGUGUCCUCUGUUGCCGGAUACGCUUCAAUGGAUGGACUUGGAGCUUACUCAGUGAUGAAAAGUACUCUCAUUGGUCUAAACAAAGCCCUCAGCCAAUCCCUCGCCCGAAGGAACAUCCGAGUGAACGCCAUUGCACCAGGCAUUAUUCGAACGGACUUCAGUCGAGCUUUGUAUGCAAAUGAAGUUGAUCAUGAAAACUGGCUACGGUCCAUUCCACUGAAUCGAUUGGGAGAUGCUGAAGAAUGUGCGGACGCCGUUGCUUUCUUGGUAUCCGACGAGGCUAGUUACAUCUCCGGAGAGACGAUAGGCGUAAAUGGAGGAAUGCAUGCUCAUAUGUAUGUAUAUAUGUGUAGUGUAACAUAUUACGGUCAUUCAGAGUCUCUCUUACGUGUAUGAUUGUUACCUGCUCCGCUUAUGCAUUAAAUACAAGUACGUGUGACUGCUGAUGACAUAUUGUUAUUUGUUGCAUGUACCAUAAGCUGUCCAUGUACUAAUGCUCUUACUCUAUUGAUAUUUGUCGUCCAUUUUUGUCGGUCGAAAUGGAGUAUCAACUUUUGUGCAUAAAUGUGUGCUACAAAUAUGAAAU